GUGCACUUCAAGGCCCCGCGAAAAGCAGCGCACAAAAUUAAUUCCUUCCUCAAAUUCAUAUCGAAAUCGUCAACCCGUGCCUUUGACAAGUUUCCGUUCAACCCAUCCACCUUGAACUACCGCCAAGAUGCCUCAAGAGGUCGCCGAUAUCAAGAAGUUCAUCGAGAUCUGCCGUCGGAAGGACGCCUCCUCCGCGCGGAUCAAGAAGAGCAAGCAGACCAACAACAUCAAGUUCAAGGUCCGCUGCCAGAAGCACCUCUACACCUUGGUUCUCAAGGACACCGACAAGGCCGAGAAGCUCAAGCAGAGCCUUCCCCCCAACCUGCAACUCACCGAUGUCUCCAAGAAGGCCAAGAAGUCUGCUUAAGAAGGUGGUUGAAUAAAGGGUUUACUAUGGGUGUGGGAGGAUUUCACAGGCACGAAUGGGCGUCUCGGGAUACCUUGCAUUUCAUCAUGUGCUCUGAAAGGAGGAUACUCGGAUGAGUCCAAAAAAAUAAAAGAACGAUUCGAGUCACAAGAUACUGGGUUUUUUUGCGUGACGAGUGUUGAAUUGGCUAAUGCAGAAAAGGCUUGUGCUCGAAGCGGGAGACUUUGGUAGCUUCGAACCUCACAGCUAUACCGGAUUCGAUCACGUCUUCGAAGCCUGGGGAUGCGAUUAUCACCAUGAUUGAAUCGUCGCCUUCUAUCCUCCAUCCUGCCCACAUUCUUUGACCUGGUAGUGUUGCGGAUUGGGUCUCGAUGGAACGAUAUUCUUUUUCGAGAGAUGCUUUUUCUUCGGGCUUCACUGAUAUCUUCCAGACCUUGACGGAUCCUCUUGACAGAAUGUCUCCUCGGAAUUCAUUUUCUCCAGCUGGCCCCAGAUGAUACAAGGCCACGGCGUCCUUGUCUUGACUGAUGAAUUCUUUGAGCUCUUGCAUUAGAGAGACAUUCUCUUGACUUUGGAUCCAUUCGUUGUGACCACCCACAGAUUCCCACGGUGCUGUGAGAAAUAGGUAGGGCGCUUCGCCAUCGGUGAUCCAAAUGUCCGUGGUGUAAUUAUAAGGCUUUCCCUCAAGGAGAUUGGGUUGGUGCUCCCUGAUCCAUUGAGCUUGUACUUGCUGGGUCUCCCUGAGGAUGUUUCGUAGCUUAUCCUCAUCGUACCCUGGCUUUAGCUGGAUGGAGGCUGUUUCAACGAUACCGGCCAUUUUAUCGACAAAAGACUUGAAUUGCUCAAUUGACAAAAGUCUAGACGCCCUUUACCCUUCACGAUGAAGCUGAAUAAAUAAUCAGUCAAUCAGGCAUCUUUGACGACGUUGAUGCGGGGUUCAGUCGAUGAUGCGCCAUUGAGUUGCCUGGGAAGGAUCACAGUCAGCAACGUAGUCGUCAGCCAUAGGGUUGAAUACUGGUCGUAGUCCAAGGAGAUUUCCGUUCAUUUGAUAUAGCCAUCGUGUCAACCCUUUGUCCCAAAUCCUUCAUCAUAGAAUCUCAUAGUACUCUUACAAUAUCCUCAAAAUGUUAGCCUCAAUCUUGAGACUGUCAACCAAGUCAUUGCCGACAACGACAUGCGUGCAGCCUUGACAUAUGGAUGGAUGCCUCGAAUUAUUCCGUGCCUGGAUUGCCGCCCUCUAGAAACUUGAAGAAUGUCAACGUAUUCCCAUCAGGAUCUUUGAUAGCGAACUGCCGAAAACCCCACGGCUUAUCUUCAAUCGCUUCUUCAAUUACAUCGCUUCUCUGACCCUUGACAGUAUCAUGCAGCAUGUCCAACUGCUCUGUACCCAAUGCGAUAUAUACCGACCCUGGUUUGACAUCACCAUCAGGUUUGAAGAAGUAGAUAUUGGCUGCUGCUUUAUCCCCUGCAAAGAUCGAGCAAAAAGUAUAAUCUGAAGACGGCCCGUCCUCUGGCUUUACCCCGCCCAAUUCGAAUCCAAGAAAGUCGACAUAGAAAUCAAGAGUUCUCUGUAUCGAUUUUGAUUCGAACGUUGGAAUGAUUUUCCACGCUGAAGCGAUUGGCGCCGUCAUUUGUGUCUGUUCAAUAUAGUAUUCGUAUAAAAGAGAUGCGAAUACGAAAGUGUUUCAAUGCAUUUAGCAGCCAAGAGGAGCGUUAUGUAUGCGACAAUU